AUGUAUGCUGGUUAUGCAUGCACUUGUUGUUCUGUCGCAGCCACCUAUGGCAAUCUACCUAACGCUGAAGUUACUCACAUUCAACUGUUCUUCGGGGUCUUACUAUCGGUGUCAGGUGGACGUUCUAGACUUGGUUAUGUUGCUGGACUUGAAGGCUCAGAGGAUAACCCAAUCCUUAUUGAUCUUGACAAUGUCUCUCUGUCUGAAGAAGAGACUGAGAUAUGCACUUCUCUAGAAAACUUUAAUGGCUCUCUUGAGAACCCCAUCUGGAUCUUAGAUGAGGCUACUGUUUACAGCUUGCUUCUUGACCCUGUUGGCACUCCUAAGGGGAACAUGGAAGAUCCCCAGUCAGAAAACGAGAGUAGACUCUGCGAGAGCCCUGAGAGUGACUGGCAGGGCGUAAUUCCCGCUGGUUCCCCACGCAUCUUGGCUGUGAAUUCUAUUUGCAUUCCUGAGGGAAGUGUGGAGGUUGAGCCAUAA